ACAACAACAACAACAACAAACAUCUGGCAACAACUCCAACCUGUUUAGUAUUGACAUUACAACUGAUGAAAUCAAAAACCAUGAUCCCAAGUCUCUGAUGAAGGCUAGUGAAACAUUGGCAUUCUUGGUGAGAGAUGCUGUGCAUGUUACUCCACAUAACUUUGAGAGCUGUGUACAUACUAUUCGCACAUUUGUGGAGGCAAGCAUAAAUGGAGGCCAUCAGAAGCAUCCCAAAAAACACUCUCAUCAUGAAAAAGGCAAACAUAAGCAUGGUAAAAGGAAGUCUACCAAGAUGAAGAAAUCUAAAUCAUCACCUAGCAACAUACAAAUGGACUCUGAUGAAGAGGAUGAGGGGGAGGGGAUUGUUGCUAGCUACCAUUCUCUCUCAAUUCAGCUUCUAGAUCUAAUGCACACAUUACAUACUAGAGCUGCACAGAUCUACAGAGAUUGGGCAGAGGAGGAGAAAAAUCAAGAACAGCAAGAUGAAGUUAUAGACGCUGGAACUAGUGCAUUAUGGGUAAAAUGCUGGUGUCCCCUAUUACAAUGUAUAGCAAGGCUGUGUUGUGACACUAGAAGACAAGUAAGAAGUCAAGCAUUAACAUAUCUCCAACGUGCGUUACUGGUGCAUGACCUACAAACAUUAUCUGCUGUAGAAUGGGAAGCAUGCUUUAAUAAGGUCUUAUUUCCAUUACUUCACAAACUGCUAGGCACAAUUAACCCUCAGGAUCCCAAUGGCAUAGAGGAAACCAGGAUGAGAGCUUCAACUUUACUUUGCAAGGUGUUUCUGCAACAUCUGUCACCUCUGCUGUCUCUCUCCACAUUUACAGCUCUCUGGUUAACCAUACUGGACUUUAUGGACAAAUACAUGCAUGCAGACAGAAGUGACCUCUUGUGUGAAGCCAUUCCUGAGUCUCUAAAGAACAUGCUCCUGGUAAUGCACACAGCAGGAAUACUGGAAGGAGAGGAGUCCCAGCUCUGGAAGCUCACCUGGGAUAGAAUAGACAGCUUCUUACCUCAGCUCAGAGAGGAGGUCUUCAGACCCCAUCAAGCCCCAGACACACGUAAGAUGCAACCAGGUACAGUUGAAGAUCCCAGUUCUUUAGAAAGUCCAGAUACACCAGCCCAGACAACACAGCCCUCUGGGAGUACCCAGGCUCUCCCUCCCCCUGUUGUGAAGCCAGUAGUUAACACCCAGGUGGUCUCUCCAGCAAGGCCUGAAUCACCUGACACUGUCAUUGAAAUAGGCAUGCCUGAUGAUUCUGACUCGUCGCGUCCAGAGAGCCCUCUAAACCAGGAGGUGACAGCCCCUCAGCAGCAGUACAUUCUUCACCCCCCUCUGCCUGACACCCCCAGUAAACUACCAAGUGUACAUGGUGUUGACUCACCUACUGUUCCCAUUCUAUUGAAUCCUGACAUCAUACAAGGAGGACCUAUGCCUAUUAUAUCUCCACAGGGAAGUGCAGAUGAGUUGAUGAGUGAACCAACAUCGCAGUAAAGAGUUUAGUUGGAAACAUAUCCUUCUCUUCAAUUCUCUUCAUCAAGAUAUUCAUCAGAUCAGGCUAAACAUCGAUUUUGCUUUAAACAGAGAGACAUUUCCACUACAUUAUGCUAUAAUUUAUUUCCAAGUACACUUAUACUGAGACUUGUCUGCAAAUGACUUCAGAAUGCAACUCUUCACAUAAUAAAAAAUACAAGAUAAUAAACUAGGAGUGAAUUGACUUUUGGAGAAAGCUAGCCAGCUAAUUCACUCUAGGAUACCAUUGCAAUUGGAUAUUGAUUCUUGAAAAGUUGUAAGGAUUGUUGAGAUGCUGUCCAGAUUUAUGUUUUCUUAUAUUUAAUGGGAAUUAUUAUAUACUGUAGUCAAUGGGGUGAAACAUGCUACCGGGGUUCAGUAAUUGGAUUACAAAGCAUUUGUGUGAUGCUUACAAAUGGGUGUAAUGAUUACAAAGCAUUUGUGU